AAAGUACAAAAAGCUGUAGGAGCAGCGAAACAAACUUUUUUUGAACACAAUAGGCAAAUUUUAUCAAGACAGAGGCAGGGGAAAAAAAAAACAGACAGAAUAAAAAAAGAAGAAGAAGAAGAAAACGAACAAAACCCAAUAAGCAGUGCGCGAUCGAAAGGGUAAUAAAACACACAGAGAAAGCGAAACUUUCAGACAUUCAAAUCUGAGAGCAAUACAAACAAGCCCACCAAGAAUUGAUCCGACAAGCCGAUAGAAGAAACACUACUGGUUUGGUCGGAAGAAGAAAGUUACAUACUUUUUUUCUUUUGUUCGGGUUUUGUCUGAAUUCGAAUUCAGGUCAAUCUGAGCAACAACAACAAAAAAAAAAAGUUGCUCAAUUUUCAAUCUUCCAAACACUUGUUUCCUCUCGUCUUACAAAGCUUUGGGUCCCGCUUCUCAUUGCUCUUCAUCAAUUCGUUGCUCUGUUCUGAAGUUUUCUCAACUCCACUGAUCUCGAAUUUCUCCAGCUGAAAAUUUCCGCCAAGGUGGAGAUUUAAGCUUCUUUGGAGUAAGCUGAAUAGUAGAUGGUGAUCUCUUGGGGAAGAUGAGAUUUGGCUUCACACUAAAAGCUUCAGCUAGGUUCUUGAAAUGCUCCUGGGUUUGAGUUUGACAAGCUACAAUAAGUUAAUGAGUUGGAUUUAUUGGUGUGAAAGAUAGAUAACCUAGACGCUGAGAGGGUGCGUCUCUGACUGUUUCCAUCGGUUUUAGAAGAAGAAAGAGAAGUAUGCAACGUCCUGAAGAUCCUCCCAGGAUUGAUCUGGCCGAGCUGAAAGCGCAUAUUGUGAAGAAGAUUGGGGUUGAGAGAUCAAGAAGGUACUUUUACUACUUGGGUAGGUUUCUGAGCCAGAAGCUUACUAAGAGCGAGUUUGAUAAGUCAUGCCACCGUCUUUUGGGGAGGGAGAAUCUUCCUCUACACAACAAGUUGGUUCACUCCAUCUUGAGAAAUGCAUCUCUUGCUAAAUCCCCACCACCACAUCACAAAUCUUUGGUGCUUGGGAAAGAAGACGGACCUAAUAGGAAUGAUCAUGUUCGGUCAAAUGGGGUGUCACCUCAGGUUCGGUCUGGAGCGUGUGUGGGGACAAUCAGAGAUAGGCCUAGUCCACUUGGUCCAAACCAUCAGCCACUUUGUAGUAGACAAGACAAAACUGGUAAUAGAAACACUGAGAACGAGGACUUUGGUCCGUUUGCUUAUCAUAGAUCAAGUCUAUAUUCUGAUGAAAGAGGUCUGAAGAUACCGGAUAAAGGUCAGGCCGCAGCUCCAGUCAGCGUAGAUGAUGAAGCUCAAGGUGAGCGAGGCAGAUCGGUUGUUUCCAAGGGUCCUGUAACGGCACCUCUAGGGAUACCAUUUUGCGCAGCUAGCGUCGGUGGGACCCGCAGAACAGUUCCAGUUUCGACCAGGGCUGACGUCACUAGUUGCUAUGACAGUGGUGGAUUAUCAGACGCAGAGAUGCUGAGAAAGCGGAUGGAGAAUAUUGCAGCAGCACAUGGUCUUGGAGGGGUUUCAGCGGAGUGUUCUAGUAUGUUGCGCAACGUUUUGGACGUGUACCUGAAGAAACUGAUCAAAUCAUGCGUUGAUUUGUCUGGAGCUCGGUCACGACGGAGCAGAGAGGAGAUUGUAAAUGGAGUGUGGCCAAGUAAUAGCUUGCAGAUACAAACUGGCAACCAAUUGUCUGGCAUAACGCAAGAGCAGGAUUCGGUGUCUUUGCUUGAUUUUAGAGUUGCAAUGGAGCUAAAUCCAACUCAACUUGGCGAAGACUGGCCAUUGCUUCGGGAGAGAAUGUUAUUGCGUUCGUUUGAGGAACGAGAAGGGGUGUGAAAUUCAAAUGUUUGUGAUGUUGAAUAUUUGCAAAUUGUCUGAGGAAGCUGCUCUGGUUCAAAGAAACGGGCCAGUGGUUUUGGUAGCAAGACGGUUCCAAAACUGCUGGAUACCAUGAUGGACCUGAUGGCUGAGAGACACAUCUAUGUCCUGCAGCCAGAGACUCGGGCCACUGUAUAUGAAUACGAAAUAUACGUGUUGUUGUAAGGUCAUUAAUAACUUGGCCACCCCAGCUGAGUUUCAAGCUCUGUGUAACAACGCAGGCUGAUAAGGGAAUCAAGAGAAAGUUUUGGUGGAGAAAGAUACAAACAAACAAGCAUGUAAUAGCUGCUGUAUUGCCUGUGUAUGUAAACAUAGUCUUGCCAUUGUUCAGAGUUGAUAUAGCUUGUAAACGCAUUGACAUCACUUUUUACUUUUUACAUUUAUAUUUUUGUUUUCUCCUUUCAAUGAAAAAGUUAUUUUCACAGUCCUCAA